UCGACAGCGAGCACUACUUUCCAGUCUUCUUCCUCUUCUUCUUCUUCUUCUUCUUUCGCUUGAGCCGUCUAUGUUGCACACGUAUACACGUGGGUUCUCGCUUCCGAUGAGUCUCUGCAAGCUCUAGUUUGAUUACAUGCUUGUUUUCGCUUCUGUUCAUGGCAGUCGCAGAAUACCCACCAAAGGAAAUGAUGGAGGACACGGCCGCGUGCUUCGACCCGAACGCCGUAGCCGCCGCACAAGUGGAAGGCGUGGCAUUUUCGGGAACCGACGGCUGUCAUCAACAGCAGAACGUCGCGGCUUCCGCAGUGGAAGAGGUUGAUCUUCAUCGCCAUUAUCAACAGCAGGAGCUAAUGGGCUUCGCGGCCGAAGACGAGGGCGGAGGCGUUGAUGAUCGCCGAAGCAUCUCUCGUGUCGCUCUGGAAGAAGGGUUCCAUCGGGCCGGCUCGGGCGACAAUGGUUACGGCGAUAUGAAUCAGGUGUUGCCUUACGGUGCUGGUCACUCUUCCUCGACUUGGGACUACGCUGCUCCUGGGACGGAGGGUUUGAGUCACGAUGAUGAUGGUCACCAUCACAACAUCAUGAGCCAGCAAGUCGCCGAUCCCUUGCAAUUUCUGCAAAGUCAAGCACCUCAGACCUUUGGCAACGACGGCCCUUCCGACGUCUUCGCCUCUGUUCCGGCGGCGGACCUCCUCAAUCUCUUCCGCUUGGCCCGAUGCUCCUCUUCCUCUUUGCUUCCCAGCUCAUCGCUGUCCUUUGCAAACCCUAACUCGCCAGCGCCGCCCCUCCUCUUUGAUCCGCUCGUCCACUUGAGCAAUUUGCAGCCGCAGCCCCCGUUCAUUAGGGAGCUGUUCCAGUCCCUGCCAAACUGCGGAUACGACUUGCCGAUCCCCGGCUCGUCAUCAUUGUUUGGCGGCGGCAACAACCUCGAGAGAGGGGAAAAUGAAGGAGACGAGGGAAACAAUCUAGGGAUGGCGAUGAUGUACUGCGAGGAGGAGGACGGGGGUCAUCAGUUUGUGGAGAACAACAAUGGGGUCUUCACGUUCGGGAGCGAAAUGAUGGCGGACAUGGACGAUUGCCAUGUCAAGGUCAAGAUGGGGAAGAGGAGGAGAGGGAAGGUGGCCAAGCCUUACACCACAGAGAGGGACAGGAGGUCCCAGAUCAACCACAAGUACGACGCAUUGAAGAAGUUGAUCCCAAGCCCGACCAAGGGUGAUAGGGCAUCCAUUGUGGGAGAUGCCAUUGAGUACAUCAAGGAGCUCUUGAGAACUGUCAACGAGCUGAAACUUCUUGUGGAGAAGAAAAGAUGGGGGACAGAGAGGAGCAAGAGGCAGAAGGUCGAAGAGGAAGGCUUCGACGGGGAGAUCUCCAUAGCCCGGCCCCCGGGGAACCCGGCGGAUCAGUCCUAUAACAGGACACUGAGGAGCUCCUGGCUCCAGAGGAAGUCGAAGGUGACCGAGGUGGAUGUCCGCAUAAUCGACGACGAGGUCACGAUCAAGCUCGUGCAGCGGAAGAAGAUCAAUUGCUUGCUGCACGUGUCUAGGGUUCUUGAUGAGCUCCAGUUGGAUCUCCACCAUGUUGCCGGCGGCCACAUUGGUGAACACUACAGCUUCCUGCUCAAUACCAAGAUCUAUGAAGGCUCAACGGUGUAUGCCAGCGCGAUCGCGAGCAAGCUCAUAGAGGUUAUCGACCGGCAGUAUACAACCACGCCACCAACAUGCAGCGGCUACUAGGGUUUGAGGAGGAAGAGAGGAGAAAGAAGAUAAUGGUAUCUGAUGAACUGAACGAUGCUGCUUUGUUAUCUUUAAGUACUAAGGCUAAUACGUAGUUAUAGAAUAAACAUAGUAAGAAUCAAGUGCUGCUGUUCGGCCAUAAAACAAAAGUACUGCUGCAAUGUCCCUUUACCAGACUCUUGGGGUGAUUUCUUUGAUACUUGCUGGACGCUUUGUCGAA